AUGCCCAACCCUCUCAAAGCAAGUUACCAGUUCCUAGCAUGGAUGCUAGACCACGACCAAGUCCCCAACGAUAUCAGACGUAGUCUCGAACUCGUCCGAACAUGCGAUUUAGAUCUUCAGCAUCUUAUCGAGCUCAGAAAUGACUGUAUCCAUCUCCUCAAGCGUCGCCCAAAGGUUCUUCAGCGCGUGCACACGAUUAUUGAAUCUGCACAGAAGGGACUCCAAGAAGUCUGUGAGAUUGUCGAGAAAUGUCGCCCGGAGAACGACAGAGGAUCCAGGACAACCUUUUCGAAGCGUAUGGCCUGGGUCCUUGUUGAGGCUUCUGAGUUCAAGAGCCAGGAACCUAUUGUUAGCCGGCACCAUGCUGCUGUGCUGGCUGAGUUGAACUUCUUGAGGCAGAUCGCUCUCAUGGCUCCUAUUGCUGAACUGGAGGAGCGUGAAGAGAAGAGGGGUACCGUGGUUGAUGCCACAGUAUUUGAUAAUGUUGCUCUCCUGGGAGAUCUCUUGGGUGAUUUACCAAGUGAGUUGAAUACUUUUCUCAGAGUCCGUGAUGCCAGUACUCUGACUCAACCUCAUAGCAUAUGCCCCAGAGAAAAAACAGCCGGAAACUCAGACUAUUGCACCUCAGCCACCUAUAAUAGUCCUCAACGCAAAUACCAAACCAGUCGCCCGCUCUGA